AUGCUCCGUCUGGUGAGGAGCCCCGCCGUGGCGCGCGUCGGCGUGCGUGCGCUGCGUGCGCCGCUACCUGCACCGCUGCCUGCGAGGACGCUGGCGACCAAGCCGCGGCAGGGCGUCGUGUCGUAUGCGGCAAAGCUCAUGUCGGACCCGGUCAUUGAGGUGAUUGCGCUCGCCUCGCGCAUCGCGCGCAUCCUCCUUGGAUCGGCGCUCGCGGUGGGCACCGUGACGUUUGUCGCUUGGGAAGGCGCGCACCAGUACGUAGAGCACGUCGCAAUGUGGCGCGAUGGCAAGCCGGGGGCGGUCACCGAACACGACCCCUACGCGUGGCAGCUCGACGACGUGCUCCAGCACGUCGGGCACAUGGAAGGCACCGACGCGCGCCUCGGCAUCUUUGGACGGCAUAUCGUGCGCAGCGCCUGGAUCGCUGAGAACUGGGGCGGUGGCAUCGCGCCCGCUGCCAUCUUUGGCAAGGCGCCGCGGGGCUUGCGCACCACCGGCGUCCAGGACCUGUCGGCCCACCAGGGCCUGACGCUCGCCGAGCGCUUCCUCAACACUGCGCUGCUCGUCGCUGAGCAGCGCAAGGUCACUGUGCAGGAGUUUGCGCAUGACGCACAGCCGCUCGACACCACCGCCGUGUCGCUCGAGGCGUGGCUCGCGAAUCUCCGCGCCAAGAUCGGCACGCCCGCGAUGCUCGCCCAGGCGGGCCUCGCGUACGAGAAGCUCUACGACGCGUACGCGGCGCAGCCCAACGCGGGCGCGUACUGCGCCCUGCUCGCGACGCGCCUCGGUACGCUCCAAGGACGCCUGGGGCACACGCAGUACGCGCUCGAGUGGUUCGACCGUGCGCUGCACGGCAAGGGCAGCACGCUCGCACUCGUCGACGGCACGCUCGGCGGCCGCCCGCCGCGCGAGACGCCGGCCGAGGUGCGCAAUGCGCUCGGCGUGCUCCGUGCGCUCUCGCGCGUCUACGUGCAGGAGGCGAGCAGCAGCGCCUCGCCCCGCACCUCGCUGUACGACGCGCUGCGUGCGCAGGUCGCCGGCCUGCGCCUCGCCGAGGCCGAGCGCGAGCGCGGCGGUGCGGGCGUCGAUGCGGCGCUGCAGCACGCGUGGGCGCUCGAGGUGGAAGGCGAGCUCGCAGUGCACAUUGCCGAGACGCUCUACGCGCUCGAGCGGCACCCCGCGCAAAAGACGUGGUGGAGAUUCUGGGGCGCGUCCGACAAGCUCCUCGCGACGCGCCCGACCGGUGCGCCGAGCGUGCCGGCGGGGCGCUACGAGCCGAGCCGUGCGUGGCUUGCGUUUGCGGCCGAGCGCGCGGCCGCGGCCCUCGCGCAGCUCGCCGCCGAGACGCCGACCGAGAACAGCCAGCGCCAUGCCGCGCAGCGUAUCGGCAACGCCGCGACGCAGGUGGACGAAGAGGCCCAGCAGCUCUUGCAUGCACUUUCCACGCGGACAUAG